GAAUUAAUCACCACAAAUUAGAAUCGAAUUCAGAUUCAAAAUUAAGAUUAGAAAAGAAAGAGGAGGAGGAGGAGGAGGAGGAGGAUGGCUAUGGCGAUGGGUAUGGGUAUGGGUAUGGCGGCGACGGAGACGGAGGAGGAGAAGCGGGAGCUGCUGCUGCUGGGGCAGCACAAGGAGAAGCACUUCACGGCGGGGGAGGUGGUGCGCGACGUCAUCAUGGGGGUAUCGGACGGGCUCACCGUGCCCUUCGCCCUCGCCGCCGGCCUCUCCGGCGCCGACGCCCCCUCCGCCCUCGUCCUCGCCGCCGGUGCCGCUGAGGUCGCCGCCGGCGCCAUCUCCAUGGGUCUCGGCGGGUAUCUAGCGGCGAAGAGCGAGGCGGACCACUACAUGCGUGAGAUGAAGCGGGAGCAGGAGGAGAUCAUCAACGUCCCCGACACUGAGGCGGCGGAGAUCGGGGAGAUACUGUCGGAGUACGGGCUCGAGCCGCACGAGUACAGGCCCGUGGUCAACGCCCUCCGAAAGAACCCACAAGCUUGGCUCGAGUUCAUGAUGAAGUUUGAGCUAGGGUUAGAGAAGCCGGACCCGAGGCGGGCACUCCAGAGUGCGCUGACGAUCGCCCUGGCCUACGUAAUUGGCGGCCUGGUCCCCCUCCUGCCCUACAUGUUCGUCCCGACCGCGCGGGAGGCGAUGUUCACCUCCGUCGGCGUCACCCUCGCAGCCCUCCUCUUCUUCGGCUACGUCAAGGGCUGCUUCACCGGCAACCGACCCGUCCUGAGCGCACUCCAAACCGCUUUUAUCGGCACGCUCGCCUCCGCCGCCGCCUACGCCAUUGCCAAAGCAGUGCAAGCUGGAUAA